AGCGGCAUCGGAACAGGGCUGCGCCCCCUUUCCCAACCCCCGCGCGUCCCUCUCCAGAUACCGGGAGCGACCGCUGCCGGAAAAUCCCGCCGGGGCUGCGUGCGGGCGGCGGAGCGGGGCGCUGGCUUUACCCACCCCUCCUGCCGCCCUCCUUGGAAUGGUUUGAGGCAGUAUGGGUUUAUGGAGUUAGGAAUAAUUAUUUUUGUUGUUGUUAAUUUAAGGUGUUUUUUGGUUUUUUUUUUUUUGUUUUGUUUUUGGUUUUUUUUUUGUAGUUUGAUGUAUUUGGUUUGUAGAGCAGGGACUGUAGACGGAAUCCUGCAGAAGUAAUAUGGAACUUGUCCUCCUAAAAUCCACCCGGCUUCCAGCCCCUUUUAGCACAUGGUCUUCCUUAGCAGAGCAUGGUUCCCCUAUACUUGAGAGCUGGUGCACUUAGUUUUCUCUCCACUUUUGCUGACAGAUCCUGCUGAAGCUGAUGACAAAGCCCUACCCCUACAAAGACAAGGCAGCAGACCUGGUUCAGGAAGCCAGUGUGGUCAACAGGACUCUGAUAACAUCAGCAUCCCUGUCUCUCACGUUGGUGAUGUCCUGGGUAUGGUGGAUGUUCUGAUUGAGGGCAGUGAUGGCUUAGAUGAAGAAAUUGGGUUCUCUUUAAAUGAAGACAUGAUUAUCCAAACAUUUCCCUUCAGUGCUGUUGUCCCUGCUGCAUUAGAAGCCAGGAAUAUACUGUUGCUUCAGUCUGAAAAUCGAACAGGAGCAGACAUGGUGGAGUACCUUGGUGCUGUUUUCACUGACCUCCUGCACUCUCUGAGAGAACCCCUUGCUCUCUGCUUGGUGUUCCAGCUCUAUGACAAAGAUCUCAAGUCCCUGAAAGUUGCUAAGUAUCUUCAGCUCUACCAGUUUAACCGAUACUAUAAACUCUGGAUAGCCAAGCAGUCCCAGGAACCUGUGUUUAGAAACCACAAGGAGGUAAGCCAAGAGCCUCCUGUGGCACUGGAUUCUGUAUUUGCUAUUUUGCUGAAGGAAGCCUGUGAGAGAGGAAAUAGUACCUUACUGGAAGAUGGUGUUCAGACAAAAUGGAGAGACUUGACUUCCUGGCUUCCCACCUGAGCAGCUUUUGUUGGGAGUAAAGCACGUGCUGCUGCACCUGAAAUCCACAGUGGAGAACUUCAGCAGUGUAAGAGCAAUAUUGUAAUAAUAUUGUAAUUAUGUUUGGUUUAUUUUAUGGUAGAAGGUACAAAUGACUUGGCUGUUAAAACUUAGGUUCCAGUUCUGUAGCUCUUUUAUCUCUACUUGGCUCUGAGGGUACAUAGCACCAUACAAAACUGCACCUAAUUUGUAAACAAAUGUCAGUUGUUCUGAUUAUUGAAGAGUGUUGGAUUUACUUUGCAUGGGUUAGCUUUCUGAUCAGUGUGAGCGCAAAUAAACUCAAGAUUUUAAUCCAACUCUUGGAUCUCCCUGAGAAACCUUUCCAGAGAGUAAAAUUCACUGGCUUGUGUAACUCCAAAUGUCACGGUAUAAAUGAAAAACUACCAGUAUUUAUUUGGCAACCUGAGACUUCUCUUAGAAUGAGGUUUCUACAUAGGGAAGUGGUUCCUUCCCCAAGAAGAGGUUGAAAUCUAAGUAGUUCUUAGUUAACUCCUGUUUCUGUUGGAUAAUUACCCUUCCGCUCCCAUUCUCCUCUUUUCUUAACUUCUGAGAUGCCUUUAUUUUCAUGGGUUGGUAAAACUGUGGGUUCUCAAGUCGUUGACCUCUGUGUGGACAUUCUGAGCAUCUUGUUGUGCUGGGGCAAUCAGAUAAAGCUGGAUCAUCAACAGAAGCGGGAAGAGCAUCAGGCUGUGUCGAUCUCUUUAUGGAUGCGGAGUCUCUGAUGACAGAACUGUUCUCAAAUGACAAGGUACCAAAUCCCUUGGUACAGAGGCACAUAUUAGUAAACUUUGAUUGAUUCUCUAGGGAAUAGUUGGGCUGAACAGAGAUGCUGUUAAGGUCUUGGAGGAGAAUUUAGGAACAUAGAGCAUGUGGUCCAGCAGUUGCAAAACUACUGUCUGGAGAUGUGACCCAGCUGCAUCACCCACAGUCUCAUCCCUGAGCUGGAACACAGUCAGGAGAGGUCCUGAAAGAGAUCACCUUUGCAGAAAAAAAUGUAUUCCCUCAGCCCUGUUUAAAGCCUUGUUGUGAAAAUUAUGUACUUGAGGAAUGAGUUUUUCCCCCUCUUUCAUCUGUUCUGUGAAUUUGUGGAGAUUAGAAUGUGUUGAUGAACCCUAGAAUAUUCAGUUUUCCUCCAGAGGUGAGCUUAGACAUAUUUAGAGUGUUCACUAUAACAGCAUAAAUGUUGGGAGAAUGAUAUUUAUAUGCUUGUAAUUCAUUAAUAUUUUUUUAUCCUCUGGCCAGCCAGUAGACAAUUUCAUGUUCAAUAAUUGGAAUUGACAAGCUGUGGAAAAUAGGCAGAUGAAUCAGUUUCUUUAUUUGCCCUGCACUGUGAUUAUCCAUCCAUUGAUACCGUU